AUGGAAAAUUCAGUUGCUGAAAAUGAGGCGCAACAAUCUUUUAAGUCCCCGCCUCGACGGAGACGUUCAACAUUUUUUGAAAGGCGGGAUUCUCUAGUUGUGCAGCCUACGUCAGAGAAUAUAGACAGAAAUGUGUGUCGAAACAUCAACGAGACUGAACAGAAAGAACAUCCAGAACUCAAAAGAUAUUAUGAGACAUUGUUAGGUGAAAAGGAACAAUGGAAAACUGAAGUUAAUAAUCGACGCAAUAAAUAUCAUGAUAUAAAACAACAGUACCAAAUGGCAGCGAAAGCACCGAGCAGAUCAAGAAUAUCAUAUUCCGCUUUGUCUAAUGAAGACAUUGAAUUUUUAAAAGCAAAAGUCAACAUAUCAAAAGUUGUAGACAGUCAAACAAAGCUACAUAAAAGCGUCAAAGAGACGCUAGCACUGUACAGAAGAGCAAUGGAGCUCGAUAAUGUUAUUUUGAAUGAUUGCGAGGACAAAGUCAACAAAAUUACAAAGCAUAUAUUAGAUAAUAGCACAAUAGAACCAAUAGAAUGA